CUGAGUAAAAAAUUCGAAGGGGUUUUAAGCAGGCCGUGGAAGGAAAUUCCUCGUCGACCUCCACCGCAACACCAAUAAAACCUUGACUGCCUCUCUGACUCACCGAUUCCACCAGAAAAAUAUGUCCUCUCAAAACCCAGAAUCCAAACAAUCCCCUGAUCCCAAAACCCUGGACGACCCUGAACGCAAACAACCCUCAGAAGAAGUCCCAAACGAAGGAUCUGAAGAAGAAGAAGAAGAAGAAGAAGAAGGAGAGUGUGGGUUUUGCUUGUUCAUGAAAGCAGGGGGAUGCAAAGAGAGCUUUAUUGGGUGGGAAAACUGCAUCAGAGAAGCUGAAGAAAACAAGCAAGAUAUUGUGGAAAAAUGCUUUGAAGCAACCUCAGCUUUGAAGAAAUGUAUGGAGGCUCAUGCUGAUUAUUAUGAGCCGAUUUUACGAGCCGAAAAGAAGGCUGAGGAAGAGGCUGUUAAGGAAUUGGAAAAAGAGAAGGAGGAGGAUUCCAAGGAUUUGGAGAAGAAAUGAGAUGGUUAGUGGAUUUUGGAUUUUUUGGUUAUUAUUGGGGUUUAACUUGGUAAUUUUUAGGAAUUGAUGCAAUGGAAGGGUUUUUUUUUUUUUUUCUCUUUAAUACUAAUUCUUGUUUUAUGGAUGUUGGAAGGGAUCAUCAGAAAUGAGAAUAAAUAUUCUUUUACAUACACA